CUCCCUUUCCCCAGUAGAGGGAGAAAGAUGGCGCCCACACACGUACUGAGAUGCUGUCAACGGGGUUUAGCAUGGAUACCUGUGAUUUUUAUCGCCCUGGUCGUCUGCUGGUCGUAUUAUGCUUACGUGGUGGAGCUUUGUAUAUUCACCAUACCCAGUAUAGGAGAGCAGAUCGUCUACCUGAUCUUCUUCCACCUCUCCUUCAUCAUGUUUGUAUGGUCUUACUGGAAGACCAUCUUCACCCAGCCUGCCAACCCCUCAAAAGAGUUCUGCCUGCCCAAGGCUGAGAAGGAGCGCUAUGAGAAGGAAGAGAGGCCAGAGUCCCAGCAAGAGAUCCUAUGGAGAGCCGCCACCAGUCUGCCUCUGUACACCCGCACAGGAGCUGGAGCAAUCCGUUACUGUGACCGCUGUCAAGUGAUCAAGCCAGACCGCUGUCAUCACUGCUCCGCGUGUGACAUGUGUGUGCUGAAGAUGGACCACCAUUGUCCCUGGGUGAACAACUGUGUCGGAUUCUCCAACUACAAGUUCUUCAUCCUCUUCCUGGCUUACUCGCUGGUGUACUGUUUGUUCAUUGCAGCCACCGUGCUGCAGUAUUUCAUAAAGUUCUGGACACUUUGCCGGAGGAAAUCGGCAGAGAACUGCCCAAAGAAUGAGCUGCCAGACACUCACGCCAAAUUCCAUGUCUUGUUUCUCUUUUUUGUGGCGGCCAUGUUCUGCAUCAGUAUUCUGUCCCUCUUCAGCUACCACCUGUGGCUUGUAGGGAAGAACAGGUCCACUAUAGAGGCGUUCAGAGCUCCAGUCUUCAGGACAGGCUCUGAUAAGAAUGGCUUCUCUCUGGGUUUUCGCAAGAACAUUGCUCAGGUCUUUGGAGACCAGAAGAAGUACUGGCUGCUGCCCGUCUUCACCAGUCAGGGAGAUGGUCUGACGUUCCCAACACGGCUGGUCAACGCUGAUGUGGAGCAGGCCACAGUGACCCUGCAGCCUGAGCCCAAUAAAAGUGCUGCUGAUGUCCCUGCGAGCCCCGUCAGUGAGUCAGAGAACCGCCUCCUGAGCAACGACCAGCACGCCAACAACAUUGGAGACCAUCAGGCUAAUAACACCCUCAAAUCAGCUGAAAGUGAAACCAUUACAAUCUCCAUGGAGAGCGAGUCCUAACAAGGAGAAACUCCUCAGUCAUCUAAUACGAUGCCUUAAGCAACGCAACAGUUUAGUUUGUCACCAUGGCAACAGUCUCCCAGCGCAGCCCCAUCCCCACAGAGCCAUUCAGAGUAAAUGCAUUUCUUUCACCCUUCACAGCACUGUAAUGCAUCUAUGGCAUUGGCAUUUUCGCAUGCGGUGUCAUGAGCAAAUCUCACACCUACCCCCAGAGGACAUGUGAUACAAGCUUGUUCCCUCUCAUACACACACAUACUAACACACACACAUUCAAACGUAUACAUAUAUCCUUGUGUUUUGUUUUGUUUUGUUUUCUCACAAGUGGAGCAUUUAUUGAUGAUGAAAAUUCGAGAAUCUGGAAGGAAUAUGAGCUACUUUUUGUGUUUUUAAUGAGAAAACUUUUUGGUGCCAAAAGCUUCCUGGGCGCACCGGGACUCAUUUAAAGGCACAAAGCUGCAGUGACGAGUGGGGGACAAGCUGGAGCAGUGUGUUUGUUUUGAACAUUUUUCUCUCGUGUUUUUAGAAAGGCAGUACAUCCCUGAGAAGAUGGAUCACUUUACCUGUGUGACAGUUUUUUUUGGUCUUUUUUUAUUUUUAACUCAUGCUGUCGGAGUGCUUCUGUGGUCUGCAACUUUUUUGAGAUGGAUGUUUCCCACCAAAACCUGGACUAUCUUACAGAGGACUCUACUGCACAGUCCAGUGGACUGAACCGGUGCACCACAGGGAAGACUGUAGCUGGGUUUUGGGUGGCGUUUUGGAUAUCAGAGCACAAGGUGGCACAUUUGCACUUUGUAGAUUAUCAAUGUCCAUCAAAACAACGUGCUGCUUUUUUUUUUUUUUUUUUUAAAACAUGUCCAAAAAAGCAUCCCAGUUGUAAUGGAUGUUGGAUGUGAUUCAUGGCGUAUUGUUUGUGUGUGAAUGUGUGUAACAGUUGAAGUGGCAGUUGUUUUUUUUUAAAGCUAAAAGAAUCAGCUUAAUGUGUUGUGUGGCCAACUUGUGUUAAACCAUGCUGCUUAUAAAUGACCUGGGAGAUGCAUUUCAAAUAAUGUGCAGCGCCCUUCACUACCUGUUCUUUUAGAGUCAUAUGUAAGUAUGCCGAUCAGUGAUUCUUAGCCCGCAAUGUCUACAGCCUGUUUUUCUACAGCUCAGUGCUUCAGCCUUUUACUAAGACACCAACACUCUUUGCCAAAUAAGGGCUGACCUGUCAGGAGCUCUGACCUCUGAACCAGAAGUGUUUACAACAUCCUAGCUUUAUCUCUAACCUCACUGGCCAAUGUCAUCAUAACCAAAUUUACCAGUUGUCGUGGCGCAGUAUUUUCUACAACGUUUGCCUGUCCCCCCUGCCUGCAGCAGGUCAUGAUGUCCUUGCAAUACCAGUGCUGGCCGGCAGGUGGCGACACGGCUCCUGUUAUCUGCCCUCAUUCAGAUGGAGAGUUUAUUAUCAAUACGUGGCUCAGGGCUCAAUUCACUUUCAGUCUAAUUUGCAGGUGCAGCCUUCUCCAGAAUUAAAUAUUUUUUCAUAACAUGCAAUUAAUAUGCAUUACUUUGCUGUAAUAACUCAUCCAGAUUUCAUUUCAAAAUGAAAGUGAAUUGAACCCUGUAUGUGUAAUGUGAUGUGAAGUAGAGGUGUCCAAUACAGCUUCUCCUCACCUUUGUCUAAUCUGUAUGUACUUGAGAGUCAGCUCAGUGUUGUGACCGUGAACUGUUAAAGGAGCCUCAGCUUGUGUCGAAGCUAACAGUGAACUGUCUUGUGUCAGUGUUGAACAUCUGGGAUGUGACAGCGACUAACAAAAUCUGCAAAGGAAGGACUUUUAAUUGGAUUUCAUGACUCACGCACAUGUGAAUACCUGUUAAAGAAUGGACGAUUUGGUCAGUAUAACCAAAUAUUUUGAGUUACGUCCUUUUCUAAGGAAUUUUGUUAUUUAUAUGCAACUUUCCGAUUCACAUUGGAAGAAGACCCAGCAAAUUCCUGAUGUCUGUCAUUGCUCGUGUCUAUCUGACCACAUCCCUGACUGUUGCUGGAAGAGCCUCCUACUAACUAGAUCCCACCCGACUCUGGUGAUGUACAAGUUUACAGCUGUUUCUAUCGUGUAGAGUGAGUUAGUGGUGUUGUACGGUGUGUUUCUUGGUAAUUUUUUUGUCACAGUUGUGCUGAAUGUAGACGGGACAGUGGGAGGAUUCGAUCAAAUGAUGGAGCGUUAAAAACAGCCUGCUCUCUGUACUUUACGUUUACGUUUUAUUCUUCUAAACAUGUUUGAGCCCAAGUGUAUUUAUAAUUGCAGUGAUUGGAGGACAUUUGUUAUGUAAUAUGCUCAUGGUGGCUAAGUAUCAGAAUCACACUGUGGUUUGAUCUCAAUUCAGCAGAUUAAAUUACUGUCAGAGAUCAUGAUUCAAGCCAAGGUUAUGUUUAUCUUUUUUCUAAACCUCACACUUAGUUUAAAAAAUAAAAAAAGACAAAAAUAUAUAUGUUCUGCAUCAUGUGUAUGAGCCUGGCUCGCUCCACUCAUCACUUAUGGCCACUGAUUCUGAAACAUUGGACCUGUUGUUUUACAAAUUGCCUAUAUCCUCUCUCUGGGCUGUUUGGCCUUGAGACUAAAGUGCGCGCGUGUAUUUUGUAAUGCUUAAUUGAGUGUUCUUUUGUAAUAUUGUCGUCUUGGAAGAAAUGCUUCUGUGCAGCCAUGAGAUUUUUACUCGUCUGUGUACAUACAUAACGUCUGACUAAUGCUCAAAAGCAUGGCGCCUAACUUGUGUAAAAAAGUGUUUUACCAUGAUAACAGGGAUUAUGGUGUUCAAACAAAACAUUGGGGUUUUUCAAUUAUUGCGUCAUGUUUUAAAUUAGCUUUACUCUGUCUCAACUUUAUAAAUGAAGCCAUAAAAACUGCUGUGAAAACGGA